GCAUUAUGGUAUCAGGACAUGUUUUUUCGGCAUAAUGACAUAAAUAAAUGUGUGUUUAAUAUUAGGCAAUGAUAUUUUCGUAGAAAUUUGAAUUUAUAACGAAGAUAAUUUAAAAAUUGUGGCCGCGAGGAUAGAGGCCUCUGCGCAAGGCCAAGGGCCGUUCGCUACUUUUUGAUGGGAUGGUGGACGUCACGAGUCUGCCAUAGUCUCAAAAUCGUCAAAAGACUCAUUGACGGCCAUUUAGGUGGACUACUAUGUGGAAUAACCAUUAAGAUUGUUGUGUCAGUUUGAUGAGCAGAACAUGGGCUUAUACUAAUUUGGGCAUCUGCAUCAUACUUUAAAGUCUCUGUGUAUAAAUGAGUAUGUUGUGAAAACCACAUUGCAGCGGCGGUGUGACCAGAUUUACCCAAUAAUCACAUGGUAUAACAGCAUUGGAGACGGAUCUAUUAUAUCAGGACGAUUCAACGUUGGUUGGAGUUUACACUGUACUUAACCCACCGGAUCUGUCUUCAUAACUAUGGGAUAUCAUACGUAUCGUGAAUUGUAUGUACUGCAUAUUAACCUGUACAUAGUGAUAUGGAAAUAUCAAUUUGUUCAUUGAUCUUUACCUCCCACGAUAAAGAUAAACAUGAUUUAACCAACAUCUGAGUGAUACGGAUGUAUCAAUGACUGUACAACACACAAUGCAUGUAUGCGCGUGAUUUAUUUAUAUAUAUAUAAUCUAGUGUAUUGAUAAACAAAACAAAAGUGGUUAGCAUUUAACAUGGGCGAAGCACCGACAGGAAAGGCUUUCAUCAUUAUUAACAAACAGUUUAAAACAUAUAAAACUAAAGACCGAGGCGGAGCAGAAAUUGACAAACAAUGUUUAGAGAAAGUAAUUGACAGGCUUGGAUUUAAAUGGAUUAAUACUGUUGAGGAAGAUUACUUAAACAUUUCAAAAGAAAAAUUCGCGCACACUUUAAAUUUGUUCAACAAUUGUUCCUGUCUUCAAUGUCAAAUCUUAAGUGAGGAUUAUAGCAAUUUGGACUACUUUUUGUUUGCAAUAAGCAGUCACGGGAAGGAAAUUGAUGGCUGCGUAAAUAUUAACCUUACGGAUGAACUUGUUCCUUUGUCAAAGAUAAUCAGCAUUUUAAACGACGAUCGCUUGAAGAACACUGUGAAAAUACUGAUAAUCCAAGUCUGCAGAGCGGAUCCGUCGAAUAAAGAUGAGCAUAACGACCACGCUGUGGAUGUGAAUAUUUUGGAGACCAGCAAACACAGCGAAGAUGAGGCCAGGGGAGAUGACGAAGAUCAUGACAGUGAUGGAGAAGACUGGGAUGGAACCGGCGACGAAAAUGACGAUGACAGUGAUACAUCAAGCGAAAGUGAAACAGAAGAUGACAUGGUUAUGGACGACGAAGAUAUGGGCGACGAAAAUAUACCUCUACCGUUAAACAUUGCGAUCCCUCCUAAUUUUAUCUUGAUAUUCCCGACAUGGUCUGGGAGAAAGGCAAAGAGGAGCCCAAAGAAAGGAUUCUGGAUGAUAUCCGCCCUAAGUGAGGUUGUAAUGGAGCACAACUUCGCUGCAGGGAGAAUGGACUUUUUACAGGCAUUAACUAAAGUAAGUGAAAAGGUAGCUCGCAGAGAAACCAAGGUGAAAAAGGAUAGAACGACAAAGAAAGAAAAGAAGAAGGGAGAAAAGACAAGUGGAGGAAGGCAAGAUGACGGAAAUAACAUGGAUGGACAGAGAAAGAAAGGAAGGAAGGCUAAGCCUGGCCAGAAGAAUACUGUUACUGUAGUUCAUAGAUUGUUGAAGCCAAUAUUAAUCUAAUCCUCUUGUGAAUUAAGGAUAGCGAAUGCAUGUACUUUUGUAACUAGGACCUCGAAGUGAUGGUAUAUAGAAAUAUUUAAAAAAAAAUUCUCAAGCUAAAAUGACCGCAUAAAAGCUAUUCUUAAGUGUUGUUAUAAUGACAGAUACGGAACAGAUAUAACAUCUUAAGUCCCUUUUAAACAUGAUUAAGCUAAGCUCACUGUUUUUAGUUUUAGAAUACUGUGUUUUGUAUUUACAUUUUUAACUUUUUUUGGACUUACCUGUAAAACAAGUACGGAAAAAAUAUUUUCAUAUAAUAAAAACAAGAUUAAGUUAAAAAGAGGCUGGAUGAAAUAAGCUACUUAAGCUUGUUAUGCGUUAGAACAUUGGAGAAAUUUGGGCCAGCGUCGACUUUUAAAGACCCAUUAGCUGCAGAUCAAGGGAAAAAGUUAAAUGGACUCGCUCCCAGAUAUUGAUUUUGCAACGAUUUGUUUAAACUAUGUUGUACUUAUACUAACUUUCAUAAAUAAACACUAUACAUAAA